AAGAGGAGGAGGAGGUGGGGGAGACACAGACUGAAACCGGGAGCGCUCACUAACACAACGGGGAGCGCUGUUUUCGGGGAUAGAAGAGGCCUUGUUUGGCCCAGAGCAUCUCCCGGUGUCCCUCGGUUCGGUGUAGCGUUUCAGGCCGGCGUUGGUCGCCGUCGCCGGCCAAGAUAUUAUUUAUAACCACCGCGGAUGGGACGCACACCCCGGCAAGACAAUCCCGGAAAUAACAUGCGUACUCUCAGCCUGUCACGUACGCUCUCUGAGAAUUUGCAUGCCUGUAUGGCUGCCGUAGACAACCCACGCCGCGUGACAAUGCUCGUUACACUGAUGGGAGCAGCCACGCCGUUUUAGACCCAAAGUAACAGCUGAAGUGAAAGAGGAGGGCUGGGACAUGAAACUUCUUCUCGCGGAUGUGCCACGGCUCCCCUCCGACAGAGAAAGCGGGCGGCUCGGCUAGAAAAUGAAGCGAGGACGUGAGGCACGUGCACAUCCAGCGGACGACGGGAUGAAAUGGAGAGUUUGGGACGGACGGACCUUUUAAAGCCACUCUCUUCCCGCGGACUCGUUGAUUUCCCAGACUUGCGUGAGAGACGAGCGAGUGGGCAGGAGCUCGUCUCAGGACCGGCAGAGCUUCUGCACGCUUACCGCCACCGGGCGGAUAUGGGUCUGAACGGGUUGUGUGCGGUGCCGGUCGGCAGCCCAUCAGCCGCGGAGUUGCUCGCCGGGCUGGCCUCUCAGACCAGCCCCCUGAGUAUUGUAGCCCCGACGAGGCAACCCAAGAGCGGCGUGCUUGUCUGCAACGGCGGUGUGGACGGGAGCCUAACGGGUGUUGUGGCCCCCACGCCACAUGGCUACGCCGCCCAUGUGAACGGGCAGACUGUUGGCUCCUCCACGCACCCGCUGACCGGCAGAGGCCGUUUGGAGGAGAACGGCGACAGGACUCUACAUGAGAACUACCCUUUAGUCAUGCGGUUUAAUGGCGACCUGAAACCUAAACAGACCCAACAACAGAAAAGAAAAAGUGAGGAGAACCAGAACCUUGGGUCAGAAUUCCUUAAUAGUCACAUGAUGGGCUCACCUGAGUAUGUGGGCCCCAAAGAGUCAACAGGUUCUGAGUUUAAAAAGAGAAAACUUGCAGAUGGAAGUGUUCCUAACAGUUCAUCAGAUGUGUCCAGAGCGGCCCGAGUUGUUGCCCCUCUGGUAGCUGUCAAUUGCAGCAAUGGUUCCCAUAGCAACUCAGACUUUGCCCCUGCAGGCCCUCUGACUAACCAGCAUAAUGGACAUUAUGUAGCUCCUACAAACUCACCAGCUGCAUCCAGCCUGACCUCCCCCUGCAGGAUAAAAGCCCCCCCAGCCAGAGUGCUCCCUGCAGGUAGUGGCUGGUCAGCAGAGCGAUUAGCCCAGCAGUAUAUCAUCCCUUGCAUGAAGUAUUAUGGGAUUUGCGUCAAAGAUGAGUUCCUGGGCUCGCAGUUGGGCAGCAAUGUGUUAGAAGAAGUGGAGGUUCUGAACCGCAGUGGGAAGUUUCGGGGCGGGCAGCUGGUGAGCCAAAAGAACAUUCCCUCUCGGAACAUCCGGGGCGAUCAGAUAGCGUGGGUGGAGGGGAACGAGCCCGGAUGCAAGAACAUCAGAACCCUGAUGGCACGAAUUGAUGAGGCUGUGAUGUACAGCGCCGCCAACGGACAGCUGGGGAACUGUGUCAUCAACGGGCGCACUAAGGCCAUGGUCGCUUGUUAUCCAGGUCACGGAGCUGGCUACGUCCGCCAUGUUGACAAUCCAAACGGCGACGGUCGCUGCAUUACAUGCAUCUACUAUCUCAACAAGAACUGGGAUGUUAAGAAACAAGGAGGCCUGCUGCAGAUCUACCCUGAAAACAAAAACGUGGUCGCCAACAUCGAGCCUCUGUUUGACCGGCUGCUCAUAUUCUGGUCCGACCGCAGAAACCCACAUGAAGUCAAACCAGCCUACGCCACUCGCUAUGCUAUCACAGUCUGGUACUUUGAUGCCAAAGAGAGGUCAGAGGCUAAAGAGAAGUACAGAUUGGCCACCGGACAAAAAGGUGUUCAAGUGCCUGUGACUCAGAACAGCAGGACGUAAAGUUUCUUAAAGCAACUGCGGAGCACUCUUAAAGUAUUAUGUGCCUUCUCAACCUACCGCUGGACUUUCAGAUUUCAGAGCGGUUCAAGCGUCCGACACGGCCCCGGCUCUGCUGAGAGUUUGAUUCCCGCCACGAGCUGCGAGGAAGCGAACGAGCUGCCAACGCAACGGAAAUUCUGAGCUCAGUGAGCUAGCUUGGCGCAAGCAGAAUUUGGAGCCGCGGUAGAAGAAGACUCGAAGCAAAGACUCAAAAAGGUUGCAGUUUUGCGUGAUCAGUUCUUAGUUGUGAUAUUUUAAAAUAUCAAUGUUUUAUUCUGCUCUGCAGUCCUGUUUUUUGUGUGAAUGAGUGGGGGAAGAGAUGCGUUGAAAUUCUGCUCACGAUGUGAGCCAGAGAGCGCAACGGAGGAGAAGAAACGGGCGUCGACAGAUUGGGGGAGAGGAAAGCUGCCCUGUUGCACUUAAUAUUUUCAGUAAAGCUCCACAUCUCCUCACGUGGUUUGAUUGGCGCAUGGGAGCGGCUGCAUUAGUUGGCUUUGUGUAGUACACUAAGCUGAGCUCAGCAAGUCUCUCUUGGCCUCGACUGGGGCAGAAUAUCAUUAAAAAACAAGGAUGUAAUGGGUGAGAGUCAAGAGUGAAUGUUUAUAUUCGGAAAAGUGUACCACUGGUCCGCUGUUUUUGUAAACUCGAUGCACUCUGCUCACUGUGUGACUGAAUGACCUGCCCACACCUGAGACCACAGGUCAAGACAGGGUUUGAAGAAGUGUGUGUCUGAGUUUGCGUGUCCACAUGACUAUACUUUCAACCAGCACAAAAAGGAGAAGACGACUCUACCAAAUGGAACUCACCACGCAGACGACGUCAGUCUGCCUUUUGUAUUUCAGACCAUACAGUUCAAAGCACAAAUCUACGCUGUGUGUGUGACCUGCGGUGUCACUUGUCAUGUUGUGUGUUGAGCUCCCAUGUCUUGAAAAGGGUCUCUGUUUGUAAAAGAAGGAGGUUGUUCCUAAAAUGCACUUUAUUGUUUGAAAUGCCAUGCCUGAAUGACGGAAACCAUGUAACUAAUGAUGUAGAUGAAUGAAUUUGUUCUUUUCUGCUGUGGAUAACCUGUUAUUCAGAUGGAAUAGAAACUAAAACAAUUAGAACAAAUUGAAAUGGUUUGCCCCCCUUUUUUUUCAUUUUCAUUUCUGGCUCUUUUUGUGUAUUAGGAUUUUUAUUUUUGGUAGUUUUCCAGACCCUGCAGAUCAUCUCAGGCACUUUGUUCUAAAGGGUUUAAGCUUGAAAUAUGACAAAGUGUACUUUAAAUAUGAGCAACACAGUUUGUAUGUUUGGAAUUCGCAGAUGACUGAAACAAACUCUGAAAGUCCUUUUGAAAAAACGUUGUUUACUUAGUCUAUAUCAGGGGUAUUCAAUUAAAAUUCAAAAAGGUCCAGUUACUAAAAAUCUUUCCCAGCAAAGGUCCGGAUCUUAUGUUUUCACUUAACAUAAUGUACCCUCAUGUUAAUAAAAUCAAUAACGCACAUACAUUUCUACAUAAUUUAUUGUUACAUUUCAAGUGUUUUCAAAGUAAUAUGCUUUUAACAUACCGAAAAGUCUGAACUUGUAUGG